AUGGUCAAGGAUACCGCAUACUAUGACGCGCUAGAAGUGCCCNCCACUGCCACCGACGUCGAGAUCAAGAAGGCAUACCGCAAACUCGCCAUCCGCCUGCAUCCCGACAAGAACCCCGGCGACGAGACAGCAAGUGCCAAGUUCCAGGAAAUCGGCGAGGCUUAUCAGGUCCUCAGCGACGAGAAACUUCGCAAGCAAUAUGACGACUAUGGCAAGGAGGGUGCCAUGCCCAACACAGGUNUUCGGUACGAGACUCGACAUGUGCUACAAACUACGACAAGAGUUGACCAUUUUACAGAGGACCCCUCCGAGAUGUUCAACGAGAUCUUCGGUGGCCAUGCCUUCGCAGACUGGAUCGGCGAAAUCUCCAUGGUCCGCGACAUGGAGAAGUCGAUGGAAAUCACCAUGCGUCACGAGGAAGAAAACGCUGCUGCCGAAGCAGAAGCUGAAGCUGCUGCCGCCGCCGUCGAUGAGAAGAAAGCAAGUAUGGACAAGACCGUUCACGAAUCCGCUGCCCAGUCCCACGCCGGUGCUGCCGCCGACCUGAAGGACGGUAUGGAGAAGAUGAACCUUUCCGAAGAGGAACCCGCACCGCCAGCCUACUCGCAAGAAAGACCGAAGGGAGUACCUACUCGUCUUGCCCUCACAGACCGUGCCGAAGAAGAAGCUCGUAUGGAAGCCGCGGGUGUCACCGAAGCAGAGAAGAGCCUACGCGCAAAAGAGAAGAAGAAGGGUGGCUUGACCAAGGAGCAAAAGGAGGAACUAGCUGCCUUCGAGGCCGAGCGAGAGCGCGCACGUGAGGAGCGUAUCGAGGACUUGUCCAAGAAGCUCAUCAACCGCGUCAGUGUAUGGACGGAGACCGACAAGGGCAAGGACGUCACAUCAUCAUUCCGCAAGAAGAUGGAGCAAGAAGUCGAGAACCUUAAGAUGGAGUCAUUCGGCCUGGAGAUCCUACACGCCAUCGGCCAGACCUACACACAAAAAGCCGCCACUUUCAUCAAGAGCCAGAAACCCAUUAUUGGUGGUGUUACCGGCUUCUUCUCGCGCCUGAAGGACAAGGGCACGCUCGUCAAGGAGACUUGGGGUACAGUCAGCACCGCUAUCAGCGCGCAGAUGGAAAUAGAAGAGAUGGCUCGCGCAGAGGAACGCGGAGGUGACGACUGGACCGACGAGAAGAAGGCCGACUUUGAGCGUCGCGUGACAGGCAAGAUUCUAGCCGCCGCAUGGCGAGGCUCAAAGUUCGAGAUCCAGAGCGUGCUCCGCGACGUCUGCGACAAGGUCCUCUACGACAAAACCGUCAAGGUCGACAAGCGUGUUGAGCGUGCCCACGCUUUGCUCGUCAUCGGAGAGGUCUUCUCCAAGGCCGCACGCAGUGCUGACGAAGAGGGUGACCAUCUCGCAUUCGAGCAGCUCAUGGCCGAGGCUGCCCAAAAGAAGGAGAAAAAGAAGAAGGACAAGGAGCCUAAGGAGCCCAAAGAACCCAAGGCGUAG